AUGGAAAGACGAAACUUACUAGAGAAAGGCCGAGUUGCUGAAUUUAAGUGCAAAAAGAUGAGUGCAGUAUUAGCUGUUGUGAUUGAGUUUAUUACUUUAGAAAGUGUUGUAGCCCAAUUAGUCUGUGUUAAGACCGGUAAAUGUACUGAACGUAAAGUAAUAGUCCCUAAACACUUAGUCUUAACGGACAAAGUGAUUGAAUUCGAUGAUUCUGAAGAGAUUAGAGGAGAGAAAUUCGUUGCUUCUAUUGAAUCUAACAUUACUGAAGCUUUAGAGGCUAAAAAGGAGUCUAAAGCUUAUCAGAACUACUUAGCUGAGGAAAGGAUGAAGGAAAUGAACGACUUUGAGAGAUUCUUAGUUGAACAGAAGGAGAUUGCUAAGAAUGAGCUUCUUAAGUCCAAAGGAUUCUAA